AUAUACCUGUAAAUCUCUUCAUUUUUGCUUUGGCGCGGCGACGCUGUUUUCCCGGCAAAAGAGAAUUUGUGCUAAAUAUAAUAUAAAUAAGAAAACUACCGAUUGCGGAUAAAGGAAACAUGGUGAAGUGCUUGCUGUGUGGCUCCUCGGUGGAGAAUGUCCGUGACUACGGGCCAUCCUUCCAUUACGACAAGCUGCAUAAGGUGCAUCGGAAUUGUCUGUACUUGAGCUCGAAUCUGGUGCAGCGUGGCGAUGACAACAAUGGAAUCUCACGUUUCCUCAAGGAGGACAUUCUGGCCGAGGUGGAGCGUGCCAAGAAGGUGAUGUGCCACUACUGCGGCAGGGCCGGCGCCUCGAUUGGCUGCUGCAAGUCCACCUGUCGCCGCAGCUUCCACUUCAGCUGCGGCCUGGAAAACCUGGCGCGCAAUCAGUUUUGCGGCUCCUAUAAAUCCUACUGCCACUCGCAUGUUGGCAAGAGCAAAGUGCGCCCACCGGCCGACGAGGCAUGCGUCAUGUGCCUGGAGCUGGUGGUGCCUGAGAAGGAGAAGUUUAGGCAGGUGCUGGCGCUGCAGGCUCCGUGCUGCCGCAACGGAUGGUUUCACAGGAAGUGCGUGCAGGAGUACGCCCACAAUGCCGGCUACUUCUUCAAGUGUCCGCUGUGCAACAGCUCGAGCAAGUUCAUGGACGUCUGCCUCUGGGGCGUGUCGGUGCCCAACAGGGAUGCUUCGUGGGAGCUGGAACCGAACGCAUUCCGCGAUCAGUUGGUCCGCGAGGUAUCCUGCACCGCCUCCAGUUGCAUUGCCAUCCAUGGGCGCACCUCGGACACGCGCAACAUUUCGUUUUGCCAACUGUGCGGCUCCAAUGCGGUGCACAGCUACUGCGUUGCCCGCACCUACGCGGAAAUCUGCCAGACGUGCAGCGUCGUGGAUCCGCCCACUGAUGACUCCGAGGACGAAUUCGAAAUGUUUGCCAGGCGCGAAGCCCUCCGCAGUCGCAGCCCGAUUAACGGGCAGAAUCGCAGUCGCUACCAUGACAAGCUGCGUGCUCCGAGCUCCGACGAAGACGCUGAUGAUGAUAACGAGGAUUGGGAUUUCAUUGGCGGCCACAUAUGUACACAACGCUCCACGAUAAGACCCGUGUCGUCCAACACUAAUGCUGCGUCCCCGCCGUUGGCUGCACCGGCCGCUGCCAGUGUCGCUGCUACUGCCACUGUCACUACCACUGCCAAUGUCCGUACAACCGAUACUGGCAGCAUGAGAACUGACACAUCAAGGGAGCAAGCUGCCGCCGCAGCAGCACCACCAGCGAGCGCCCCGAUGCUGCGCACACAAACACAGCUUGGAUCGUUGACACGCGCUCGCGCUGGAUCGAGCCGCAACGUUGACCAACCCAUCAACAACUCGCCCCCACAGGCCACUGUGACCUCUUCUGCUGCUGCUGCUGCACGCCAGAGGAACGCAUCGCUCCGCCGCACCAUGUCGACCGAACGUGAGACUGGAGUACAGCGCAUACGACAACGGCGCCGAACGCUGAACUCUGAGCCGAUCAACGGAGAGCUGCGUCGUCGUACUCUUCGCCGCCAGGGUGAAGCUUGUCUUCGCGAGAGUUCAGCAACGGAGAUUGGUGCCGCCAACAUCUCGUGUGUCGCCAGACGCACACGAAAGCGCACAGCCGCAACGGAUGCGGAGCCAAAGAAUUAAAUCCAUGAAAGUGGACGAUGUCACAUUUAAUUCCUAUUUAGAUAAUAUCCAUAAUGGCAAGGCCAUAAACAUAAUAUUAAUUUUGUUUCAGUUUUAUUAUUUUUUUUCUUUCCUUUUUUAAUACUAUUCAGUAUU